GGUAGAGCCCGCGCUGGAGUGCGCAAGCGCAGAUGGCUGGCCAGUAGGCGAAGAUUGAUAGUCUGCAGCUGGAAUGGAUUGGGAGCUGGAAAAGAAAAGUCAGGGACAAGAAGAGGCUAACAUGACUGGUACCGUUAUAAUUUAGUGAAGCGCCCCUUUUCUAAAGAGGAGCCCAAAGGAAGACUGGUCAUCUCUUGCAGAUCUCAGAACCAUGGCUCAGGGAUCAGUGUCAUUCAAAGAUGUGACUGUGGACUUUAGUCAGGAGGAGUGGCAGCACCUGGAUCCUGCUCAGAAGAUGCUAUACAUGGAUGUGAUGUUGGAAAACUAUUGCCACCUCGUUUCUGUGGGGUGUCACAUGACCAAGCCUGACGUGAUCCUCAAGUUGGAACGAGGAGAAGAGCCAUGGACAUCAUUUACAGGUCAUACCUGUUUAGAAGAAAAGUGGAAAGCUGAAGACUUUUUAGUGAAAUUCAAGGAACAACAAGAUAAAUUUUCUAGAUCAGUUGUAUUAAUCAACCACAAAAAACUGAUUAAGGAGAACAGUAGUGCAUAUGAAAAGACAUUUACUUUAAGCAAAAACCCUAUUAAUUCAAAAAACCUACCUCCUGAAUAUGACACUCAUGGAAAGAUUUUUAAAAAUGUUUCAGAAUUAAUCAUCAGUAAUCUAAGUCCUACAAGAAAGAGACUUAGUGAGCAUAAUGGAUAUGGGAAAUCACUCCUCAAUACUAAGCCAGAGACAGCUCACUCUGGAGGCAAAUCCCAUAAUCAGUGUGGUAGGACUGUCAGUCAUAAUGAAAUGAUUAUGCAAUAUCAUGAGAUGGAAACUUCAGCACAGUCAUUUGGAUAUAAUGACUGUGAGAAAUCCUUCCUUAAAAAAGGAGGCCUAAUUACACAUAAUAGAGCUUACAGAAGGGAAAAACCAUCUGAAUAUAAUAAAAGGAGAAGAACAACCAAUAUUGAAAAAAAGCAUAUAUGCACUGAAUGUGGGAAGUCCUUCUGCAGGAAAUCAGUAUUGAUUCUGCAUCAGGGAAUUCACACAGAGGAAAAACCCUACCAAUGUCAUCAAUGUGGAAAUUCAUUUAGAAGGAAAUCAUAUCUCAUUGAUCAUCAGAGAACUCACACUGGAGAGAAACCCUUUGUUUGUAAUGAAUGUGGUAAGUCCUUCCGCCUAAAGACAGCCCUCACUGAUCAUCAGAGAACACAUACAGGGGAGAAAUCAUAUGAAUGUCCACAAUGUAGGAAUGCCUUCAGAUUGAAGUCACACCUCAUUCGUCAUCAGAGAACUCACACAGGAGAAAAACCAUAUGAGUGUAAUGACUGUGGGAAGUCUUUCCGCCAGAAGACAACACUCUCCCUACAUCAGAGAAUUCAUACAGGAGAGAAACCCUAUAUUUGUAAAGAAUGUGGGAAGUCCUUUCACCAGAAGGCAAAUCUUACUGUACAUCAGAGAACUCAUACAGGGGAAAAGCCCUAUAUUUGUAAUGAAUGUGGGAAAUCCUUCUCUCAGAAGACAACCCUCGCUCUUCAUGAGAAGACUCAUAAUGAAGAGAAACCUUAUAUUUGUAAUGAGUGUGGAAAAUCCUUCCGCCAGAAGACAACCCUUGUGGCACAUCAGAGAACACAUACAGGGGAAAAAUCCUAUGAAUGUCCUCACUGUGGGAAGGCUUUUAGAAUGAAGUCGUACCUCAUUGAUCAUCACAGAACUCACACAGGAGAGAAACCAUAUGAAUGUAAUGAAUGUGGGAAAUCCUUCAGUCAGAAGACAAAUCUCAAUCUACAUCAGAGAAUUCAUACAGGAGAGAAGCCCUAUAUUUGUAAUGAGUGUGGGAAGUCUUUUCGCCAGAAAGCAACCCUCACUGUACAUCAGAAAAUACAUACAGGGCAGAAAUCCUAUGAAUGCCCUCAGUGUGGGAAAGCCUUUAGCAGGAAGUCAUAUCUCAUUCAUCAUCAAAGAACUCAUACAGGAGAGAAACCAUACAAGUGUAAUGAAUGUGGGAAGUGCUUCCGCCAGAAGACAAAUCUCAUUGUACAUCAGAGAACUCAUACAGGGGAGAAGCCUUAUAUUUGUAAUGAGUGUGGUAAGUCCUUCAGUUAUAAGAGAAACCUUAUUGUCCAUCAAAGAACUCACAAGGGAGAAAACAUGGUAAUGCAGUAAUAAAUGAUGUGAUUUCUUUGUGAAGCCUUUCUAAGUUAUUGUAAAACUUUAGUUUUUUAAAAAAGCAUGCUUAACAUGUGAAUAAGGUAAUUUUAAUCACAAAUGUAAUAUUAUUAACUUAAUGUACUAUACCACAUAACUAUUUAUCUACUGUUUACUAGCAUAUGAAAUGGAUAUGAUCAUUGAUAUUGAACUCUUAUCAGCAAUGAAGCUAAUUUUUUACGUUUUCAAGUUCUCCUACUGACUCAGUUUAUUUUUUUUAAUUCUUAUAUAA